CUAACACCUUUUAUAUUUUCAGGUGCUACAUUUUGGGGUAAUGACUGGCGUACAGCAUUGUGUCAAUGUUCUCAGUGUUUGACUCUCUAUAAAUCGGAAAAGGUAGAGUUUUUGCUGGAUAUAGAAGACUCAGCAAAAUCUUACGAAGAGCGUGGCAAACAACGUGGAGCUACUGAGACUACAUAUGAGCAAGGUAUACGUGCACUGGCCUCCAUUGGUCGAGUACAACAAAUAGAUGCUAUAACCGAGUACAACCACAUGAAAGAUAAAUUGAAAGAGUAUUUACAAACGUUUGCUGUUAGCAAAAAAGUCGUUACUGAGGCUGACAUUAACCGUUUUUUCGAAGAGAUGCGUAACGAAAAGAACACUGCACUUGGUCAACCGUUCUUUUGUCGUUAGAUCAAUAAUCACAGAAUGUCAAAAGAAUCUCAAAAUAAUGCAAGCGCACCGGAAAGGAUUUCAUAUGCAUGGAUAAACGUUUAUUAUAUAACUACAUUUAAACAAAAUCAAUGAAUGCUGUAAUUUUAUAAUUUACACAA